AAAUGUCUCUCUUAGUGUCUUAAAUACCAUACUUUAUCAACAAAAAAGAAUGUCUCUCUUUAUGUCUUGUCUCUCUUUAUGUCUUGUUGCUUUCAGUUCACAUUUGGAUUACUCAAUAAUAUACCUUCUUACCUAGUUCCUUAGUUCUGGAAAAUAAACGAGAAACCACGAAAAUGGGAGGUUCCAUAUUUCCAUUAUUAGAAAAGCAAGUGAAUUAAAUAUUUUAGGAAUUAAUACCAUUUUACCAUAUGAUGAUAUAUGCCCGGUUUGGGACAUAGCGCACAUAGUGGUGAAUGCUUUUGACAUGUUCUUCUAUGAAGGUUAUGUCUUUGCUUAGAUCAGUAAGCCACUUUUAGCGAAGAAGUCUGCAAUUUUCAGAAGUUAACCAUGGGUCGAAAUGUACCUUAUUGUUUAACUCUCUCAGAGGCUACAAUUUAGAGGAAGUUAGAUUAUCUUACGAAGGAAUUCGGAUUAAAACCAGAGAUUUGGCUUUUGCUUCCUUUUUAUCAUAUAGCACGGAGAAAAGAGUCCUUCCACGAAUUGAAGUCUUGAAAAUUUUGGAUGAGAAGUUGGGUAAUGAGAGAACAUUAUCAUUAUCAAGUCCUCCGGUUAAGUGAAUCAAAGUUUGUAGAGCAAUUUGUGCUGCCUUACAGGGGUCAGAUUCCCAAUUUGUAUCUCAAAUAAGGAAAUAGUGAAAAAAUAUACUUCGGAGGAACACUUUUUUGCUAUUAUGUGCAGAAAUUGAUAUCUUAGUCUUUCAUAUUCACUUUGGUAUUUUUGCUGCAAUUCAUAUAUAUGUAGUCAAGAGAUUAAUGGAACACAUUUUCACAUGAAAGUAAAUCAUUUUCUUGAGUUUGACUGAUCAUUAUACAUAUCAUAUAAUCAAGAAAAAACUUGUGAAAUACGAAUUAUCUGACUCGUUUAUGUUGCUUGUAAGUUUCUGAGUUUCUUCAUGGUUGUUCCAGACUUCCUAUGGCUAAUAAUUUACAUAGCACCAGCUGUCAUUUUAAGUAUCAGCCUGUUGCUAUAUCACUAUAAUCACUAUACUCACUGAUUUUCUUGAAUAACUUGCUGCUAUUGCCAUAAUCCCUAAGGUCCAUGUUUCAGUAUCUAGUUCUAUCAGACAAUCUGGUGCGCUUAUUCAAAUUCACUUUAUAAAGCUCUCCCAUUGUGAAACCUGUCAAAGAUAGUAGUUUUCCAUGAUGAAGACCUCAUGAUUUUGUACUACAUUCUGGAUAACAGUCUGGUGCCUGGACAUGAGGUCAUUAACAUUUUGAAUUAAAAAGUUGGCUGCCUAGAUUAAGUUGGAGUCUUUGCAACGAUAUGCACUUUUGGAUCCACUGUUAUUAUGGGAGAAACAGGAAUCUUUUGGAGGACAUCCCAACACAAUCAUCAAGGAUUUUGCAAAAGAUUAUGAAGGCUGGAAAGUAUUUCACUGAAGCCACACAAUGUCUGUGAUUUAUCAAAUGAGACACUUCCCUGCCAAACAGUUUUACCUCAGGAUCAAGGUGAAUGUCCAAAAGUUGUGUGGAGAAAAUUGGUAGCAACAACCUUGGUUUGCCUAAAUGGAUUUUUAUGUUAGACUGAGGUCCUCCUAACACUUGCAUAGUUCACUGCAAUGCUCAUCAGAUUCAGAGGCAAAGCUGUUGCUAUAUGCACUAACACUAUAUUUCACUGCAAUGGCUUUGGCUUUUACACUUUGAGGUCUCAGUAUCUCUACUCAUCAACCUCUACCCCGACCCAUUUCUUGGUGAAAUACCUUGUUGAUUCUUUAGGUUUCUCCAAACAAGAAGCAGCUUCUACAGCUUCCAAGGUAACUUCAUCUAAAACCUUCAAGAAUCCCUAUUUAGUCCUCCAUUUCUUGAAACAAACCGGUUUGGACAACACCCAGAUGAAAGAAAUAGUUUCUACAGUACCCAAAUUGCUAUUAUCUAAUGUUUCCAAAACUCUAAAACCUAAAUUCCUGUGCCUUAUGAAUCUGGGGCUAUCCGGGUCGGACCUAGUGGAUGUAAUUGCUAAAGAUACAACAAUUUUUGACCGAGGUUUAGAAACUCAUUUGAGACCUACCAUUGAUUUGCUUAGGAGAACUUUGGGUAGUGAUGAAAAUAUAGUUAAGGCUAUAAAGAGAGCUCCUUGGUUGCUUUCUUUUCGUGCUCAUGAUAUUAUGGAGAGUAAUGUAUUGUUGUUGAGAAACUCUGGUGUUCCUGAUGUGAGAAUAAGAAAACUCUUGCUUAAAAAUCCUAGAUAUAUUACACAAAAGACUGACUGGGUUAAGGAUUUGUUGCAUAGGGUGGAGAACGAUUUUCGAGUUCCACGUGAUUCCCCUAUGUUUCCUUCUGGGUUUCGUACAUUAGCCUCUCAAAAGAAGUCUACGCUGGAAAGGAAGAUUGGAAUUUUCAAGAGUUUUGGAUGGUCUGAUAAUGACAUACUCGAGAUGUUCCGGAAGCUACCUUCUUGUGUUUCCCUCUCAGAAGUUAGAAUUCAAAAAGCUCUAAAUCUUUUCAUGAAGGAGCUUGGUUUUGAACCUGCUUACUUGGUUUCUCAUCCUGCAAUUUUGGGCUAUAGUCUGGAAAAAAGGGUGUUACCUCGGAUGCAAGUAUUGAAAAUUUUGGACGAAAAGAAGCUUCAGAGGAGAAAGUUGGCUCUUUAUGGUGUGGUGAGCAUGGCAGAGUCAAAGUUCGUAGAGUAUUUUGUGCUGCCCUACAAGGAUCAGAUACCUGAUUUGUAUGAACCACUCAAGAAAAUUGUGGCUCCUUGUGCUAAGAUCUUUCUAAAUUUUCAGUUAUGUAAUGCUCCCAAUACAAUAACAACUAAUGUGUUGUUGCUUCAAGAUACUGGGCUUUCAGAUGAGAAAAUUAGGAGGUUUAUAUUGCGGAGCCCAGCAUGUAUAAUGCGGAAUCCUGGAUGGUUUGAGGAUGUUAUUCAUAGAGUGGAAAGGGACCUUGGAAUCCCUCGUGAAUCGGGUAAAUUUCUCUAUGGAAUUGCUGCCAUUAUUUCGUUCCGUCAGUCAACUUUAACAAAGAAGAUUGAUGUUUAUAAAAGUUUUGGUUGGUCUGAUGAAAAUAUAAGAACCAUGAUCAGAAAGCAACCUUCUUGUUUGAGCUGCUCGGAGGCGACAAUCUGUAAACAUUUAACUUUUCUCAUGAAUGAAGUUGGCUGCACCUCAGAGUAUUUAGCAUCUCGUCCUAAUCUGUUAAAAUAUAGUUUGGAAAAGAGAAUCAUCCCAAGAUAUAAGGUCUUGAAAAUUUUAAUUGACAAGCUUCUCAAAAAAGGUGUGGGUAUAUACUGUGCUGCUAAAAUGACACCAUCAAAGUUUAUGGAAGAAUGUUUGCUGCCUUACAAGGAUAAAAUACCCAUUGCAUAUGAGUUGUACAUGAAAAGUGUUGGAUGAAUAGAUAUUAUCAGGUUCCACUUGUUGAGAGGUAAGCAAUUUUUCUUAUUCCGUUUUUGUUAUUGCUGUAAUUUGUUUCUUUUGGUUUCUUUUUUCAAAUUAGGGACUAUAUAUGUCACUGUUAGACUAGAUGCUGUAUUGCCAUUAUCUGAUUGUGCAAAUUGGAAACGAAAUGAAGCCAUUGGUAAGUACUUCCUCUGUCCCAAUUUAUGCGAAUGUGUUUGACUGGGCACAAAGCUUAAGAAUGAAAGGAUUACUAUUGAAA